GCAGCCGGCGCUGACCCCGUGGGUCGCCGGUUCGAGGCCCCGCGUGUCGCCGGUUCGAGGCCCCGCGCAGGCGGCUCCGCCCCGCGGCGCCAUCGGGCCGUGCCGGGGAUCCGGGGACAUGGCCGAGCCCUGCGAGCUGGGGACCCGCUUCCAGCACCGCUUCCUGGCGGCCCGGCAGCUGGGCUCCUUGCCCUGGGCGGAGCUGGAACAAACCCUACGGGCCUCGCCGGGCUGCUCCCUGCUGCUGGAAAUCCUGCGCAAGACCAUUCUCCACCCCCUCUGUGUGAGGUACCCCCCUUCCACCAAGUACAGGAGAUGCUUUCUGACCCAGCUCAUCAAAAAGCACGAAUCCACGGCAGCAGAACCCCUGGAUGAGCUGUACGAGGCACUGGCAGGGGUUUUAAAUGAGGAAGAAUCUACCCACUGUUACAAAAACUACUUGCUGCCCAGGGGAGCGUGUGUGACCCUUGUGGAGAGCCUGGCCAUGAUCUCUGGGGGCACCACGGGGCUUGUCACCUGGGAUGCAGCUCUUCAUCUCGCCGGGUGGGCCAUGGAGCACAGGGAGCUCUUCAGUGACAGGACAGUCUUGGAAUUAGGAAGUGGGAUUGGCUUCACUGGAAUUGCCAUCUGUAAAACCUGCAAUCCCAAGACAUACAUAUUUAGUGACUGCCACCACCAGGUGCUCAAGCAGCUGAGAGAAAACAUCUGUUUGAAUGGCUUGGUCUUGGAGCCUGAAGCUUCUGGUCACGCCCCAGCUGAGCUCCAGGGCCUGGAGGCAGGAGCAGCCAACAACCAGAAACCACAAGUAGUUGUUGCAAAGCUUGACUGGGGCUCAGUGACAGAAAAACAACUGGUGGGUCUUCAGCCCGAUGUCAUCAUUGCAGCAGAUGUGGUGUAUGACCCAGAGGUAACCUCAGCCCUAAUUGGCAUGCUACAAAAGCUCUCCCCUUCCCAAGCAGCCACAACUCCUGAGGUCUAUGUUGCCUUCACCAUUCGGAACCAGGACACGUAUCUCCUCUUCCAGGCUCAACUUGACAAGGCCGGGAUAGGAUGGCAGAUUAUUCCAGCCCACAGCAACACUGGUGUGCUCUAUGAUGUGCAGCCAAACGUAACUAUUCUACAGCUGUUUCUAUAGAUCUGGCAAAUCUGACAGAAUUUGCAGGUCAACAGGAGCUCCCUCCUCCUUGCCACAAGAUUAUGUUCAAUUCCAGAAACAGGGAUGAGAGGCACUGAGGAUCCAACUGCACCCAGGCUGCUGUCAAAGUGAUGUCCAUUUCUGCCUGUGCUUGUCAGCAGAGCAACCUGCUGCCCCUGAACAGCAGCUGUGAACCUCAAGCAGCAGCUAAAAAAGAAAGGCCCUAAUGGUCCUGCAGAAUGAUUCUGCAGAAGACCACAACAUUUAACUCUAUUUUUUUUUUUCCCCACCUAGAUUUUGAUUUUUAAAUAAUGGAGGCACAUCUGCAGGAUCCCAGGAUGAGGCUCAUGAACUGAGAAGGGAGCAAAAAAACAACCUUUCACAGUAAGAAAUAUUUGUGGCAUUCAGGAUGCACAGGGCUUGUCUCCAACAAUCCAAGAGAUCAGUGAUGUGCUCAGGCACUCAGGGUAUCUGUUGUCUGUCUUGAGGCAUCUAAGAGUUAAACAAGAUUUGUUGAUGGACUGAAGAGAUGUCUCAGCAACCCAUCCUAAACGUUUUGCUUCCCCUGCCUGUGAUGUGUACCCAAGAAGUGGGGAGCUCAGUGUGGGACAUGCUGAGCUUGGAGACAAAGGAGUCCAGCUGGCAUUGGGAGCAGGAUAUCCAGUGAUAACCAGGCCUUGGUAUCUCAUGAAAACCACUGACUUAGCAGGAAAAGAUAAAGUGCCAGUCUCAAGCUGCCUCCUAGGACAGAACCUCCUCUGCAAUAAACUCUGGUGCCAGUUGUCUCCACCUCCUCUUUUGCAAUGGCUGAUCUUAGUAAUUAGCCAAACCAGGACUAUCUGCAGGACACAGCCCCAGCACCAUGCCCCUCCCUCCCCCUCCUAUCUUGGAGGAGCACAGAGAAGAUAGAAGGAUUUUCUCAGUUAUACAGGGAGAAAAGUGGGGGUGCAGUGGGCAAGAACUGUAUAAAAAUCUGGGACCCUGUGGGUGCAGGGAACCACUUCCCCACCGACAACAUGUGCUGUCCUCUGUAUCUCUGCUCUCUCCUUUCUUUUCUAUUUUCCUCCCUGUCCUAUCCACUCUAAGGACUUUGUUGUGUUACUCUAAUAAAAGUUUGUUGUGCACGUGA